AUGCCAUCUAAGGAAUUUGAUCCCGGUGAGGUCAUCAACCUCAUGUCUAGCGACGAUGAGGCUGUCCCGGUCAGCAAGAAGAGGUCACUGGACGAUGCUCAAGGGCCAAACUCUCACGAUUCACCAUCGACAACGGCACCCGAGUCCAAGCGACUGAAGACUGAUCUGACAGCAACUGCCGGAUCAGAGCCUGCAGGAGUGAAAGCAGAGGAUGUCCAAGAUGCCCAAGUCGGCGAGGAGGGUUCUCGCGAUGCAGACAAGGCAUCUUCUACAAAAGGGAACUCAUCUCCACAACUUGGAGACCAGACUGAACAAUCGAAGCCUACGGGAGAUUCAACAGGCACAAACAAGUCCUCCACGCAAGCAAGUACGCCGAGCGAGUCGGCGCUUGAGAGUUCAGGUGAAAUUCCUGUCUAUAAGCGAGGCGAGCUUAGUUUCCAGGUUCCUGGCCUCACUGGCAAGCAGGGCUCCUGGCUGAAUCGGUUCAAGGACUGGGUACGGGCUUUUCACGGCCUCAACUCUGAACAGAGUCAUGCUAUCACGCCUUCCUUGACCCAGGCCGCGUAUGCUAACUAUAUCGAGCACCAUGCGGGCUUGAAGCCCAAGAAGCGACGAAGUGCUAAGCAGGUAGCGAAAGAGUUUGAGAGCACAGGCGAGUUGGCUGCUCUCCUGGAGAGCCUCCAGCCACCGAAGCCAAAGGGACCUUCGCAGGGAACACUUGGCGGUUGGCUGGCUAAACAGCCCAACAAAGAAACUGGCCGCAAGCGCAAACACUCGCGCACUUCUAGUAUCAGCGAGGGUGAGAUUGCGGACGACGGAGAUGCGGCCAACUCUGAGAGCGAAGUCGAAUACGAACCUACCCUGAGCAAACAGGAGCAGGGCGGAGAAGCCGCGUCAAACGCGAAUGAAGGGGCGUCGUCAUCCUUGGAUAAAGGGUUGGCAAAUGGCAACCAAACAUCUGGUGCAGAGCAAACAUCAGGGUCUUCAAACACGCACAAUGCGCCAAUCGAUACCCAGAGGAACGUCCCCUCUGGAUCGGAAGCGUUGGAGCAGCAGCGCAGAUAUUUCCCCUCGGCCACUGAUCCUACUCAGAUGUGUCUUCUCUGCGGUCGGAGUACGCACCUGGCACCCAGUUGCCCGACGCUAAUAUGCUCAUCUUGUGGAAGUCUGGAACAUGCAGACAUCUGCUGCCCCACGAGACAAAGAUGCGACAAGUGCCGCCAACUGGGCCACCGGGCAGCUCAUUGCACCGAGAAGCUGGCAUUGACCAAGGAGGAAGGGCUUGCUUGCGCAGUGUGCAGUUCGGCAGACCACCUUGAGGAACACUGUACACUGCUAUGGCGAUCGUUUCACCCAGACGCGUUGACGAUCAAGAAGGUUGUGUCUAUCCCGGCGUCCUGCUCCCUUUGUGGGAGUGAUGUGCACUUCUCUGCCGAUUGCAAGCGCCGUCGCGAUAUUGUACCCAACCCCACCUGGUCGAUCGAGAACCGCGACCAAUACAUUGACCCUGAAUGUGGCUUGGCUGCUAUCGAGGAUACGGCAGGAGGGCUGCAAACCGGCAAGACGACGCGCGCUCCUGAGCUCAAGAUCCGCGGCCACGCUGCGCGGACGACAAACGUUCACUACUCAGAAAGUGACGACUCGGAUGUGGAGUUUCUGGGCCACAGGCCUAUCAAGCAGCGAGCACAACUGGGACAGAUUCGGAUGGCCAGUAAUAUUCAGAUGCCGCAGAAUGGGAACUCCCAAAAUGGCAGACCGGGGAGAGGUGGAAGACAGAACGGAGCGCCUGUCCAGCCUCCCCUCCCCCCCGGACCUCCUCCGCCUGGGCCGCCACCUCCUCGAACAGCUUAUGGGCAACCUCCUCCACCGGGUGUUUCGUCGUACGGAUCGCAGCCGUCAGCGCCUCCCCCCUCGCUUCCUCGAAAACCUCCCGCAAGGGACUACCACAAUGUACCCCCACCACCUCAGCAGGGCUCCCGUGGACAGCCAAACAACGGCAACGCGCCUCAGGGGCCAAGGCCUAGAGGAGGUGGGCGUGGCGGACGCGGUGGACGAGGAGGUCGUGGACGAGGUAGGGGCAGGGGAAAAUAG